AUGGCGCAUUACUCUUCGGGGCUGUGGAAUUUCUUGUACUCUGAACAGCCGUCGACUGCUUCAAAAACCAAGUAUGCUUCCCAGACAGAGCUUAAAGCAGCCAUAGAAGAGUUGUGCGCAGCUUUCCCGCUCGCCAAUAGCGUUGUUACAGAUCCAGACGCUUUGAAGACUCAUGGCUCUUCGGAGCACUCUUACCAUCCAGCAGCCCCUCAUGCCGUUAUAGUUCGGCCAGCAAGUACCGAAGAUGUUGUCAAGGUUGUAAACAUUGCGCGAAGGUACCGCGUCCCGAUUACUCCCUACAGCGGUGCGACCAGUCUCGAGGGUCAUUUUUCUGGAUAUGAGUCCAUCAGCAUUUGUCUAGAUAUGUCUGGCAUGGACAAAAUCAUCAAUAUAAACGUUGAUGACGCCGACCUUACAUGCCAGGCUGGAGCUAGAUGGGAAGAUAUUAAUCAUGUCCUCAAGGACAAAAACAUUCCACUUUUCUUCCCAUUAGAUCCGGGACCUGGCGCUACAAUCGGCGGCAUGGUUGGAACCGGUUGCAGCGGAACCAAUGCCGUCCGAUAUGGGACUGCGAGGGCAGAAUGGUUUCUCAAUCUUACGGUUGUCUUACCAAACGGACGAGUCGUCAAGACGCGAAGACGUGCUCGCAAAUCGGCGGCAGGUUUUGAUACGGCAAAGUUGUUCAUUGGUGCAGAAGGAACUUUAGGCAUCGUAACGGAAGCCACUUUGCGACUGACUCCCGUCCUGCCUACGAAAGUCGCCAUGGCUCAAUUUCCUGACGUUCAGAAGGCCGUUAGUGCCGUUCAAGAAAUACUUCAAUCUCCGCAAGGACCGCAUAUCCAAUGCAUUGAGCUUUUAGAUGACCACAUGAUGGCUGCUAUCAACACCGCAGGAUUUGUAGAUAAGCCAUACCCUAUAGAAGAUACACUAUUUUUCAAGAUACAAGGGGACUCUGCUUCGACAAAACUGGCCUCUGAUGUUGUGCGGAGCAUUGCCAUAAAGCAUGGCAGUUCGCGCUUCCAAUUUGCCUCGACAGAUCACGAAGCGGAAGAGAUGUGGCAAAAUCGCAAAUAUGCUUUGAUGUCGAGCUUGGCAUCUCACCCCGGUCUUCGAUGUUGGACAACAGAUGUUUGCGUGCCCGUUUCACGACUCCCUGAACUAGUAUAUGAGACCAAGAAGGAUUUAAAGGAAUGCGGCUUGCAUAGUACCAUUGUUGGACACGUUGGUGAUGGCAAUUUCCAUGCCUUGAUCUUGUUCGAUAGAGAACGUGAAUUCGACACCGCGAGCGGAGCUGUACAUAGACUCGUUCAUCGGGCUGUGGCUCUUGAUGGUACAUGCACAGGAGAACAUGGUGUUGGAUUGGGGAAGAAAGAGUAUCUGAUUGACGAAUUAGGCGAGAAUACAGUGGAGCUGAUGAAGACGGUCAAGAAGGCAAUUGAUCCCCUCAACAUUAUGAAUCCAGGGAAGUUAUACCCAGAUGAAAAUGAUAAGCCUCAUCAUUAA